AUGACCUUCUCGCAGCAACUGGCGGCCGCGCAGCAGAAUCACCAGAAUGCCCUCAACUCGGCGGCGGCGACAAGUCAGGCCGGCGGCUUGCCGUUGUUCAUGCAGCCCUCGCAGGCGGCGUUGGCCGCCGCGGCAGCCGCAGCCGCUCCUUCCGCUUCUUCCGCGGCCGGCAACCCGAUGAUCCAUACACAUACGGGCGACCACCCAUAUCUGCCCUGGCCCAUCCAGCAGCCGGCCGUCAACGUGCCGUUUUUCGAUAUUCAGGCUUAUAAGGGUGUGAAUUUGGAUGUCCCACCAUCAGAACAGGCCACCGGAUCAGACCUGCCGCUCAAUGAUGUCGCCACGCUUCGCUUCUUCUUCAACCUUGGAGUACAGCAAUCCCGGGUCGUCCUCCUCAACCAGCACCUCAACCAGCACUUGCCCCAGCAGCAGCAGAGCACAGCUCAAGCCAGCGCUUCGGCACCUCCUGCCCCUAUGGUCCCACCAGGAACUCCUCAGAACGCUCUUACAAAUCAGACACCUACCUCCACUCCGCAGUCUCAGGCCCAGCCGCUCAGCGGUGUUCAACUGCAUAUGGCCCAAAGCCAGGCCGGCUCUCUCAGCGAGCAGCAACUGAACGCCUUGGCCGGGUUGUUACCACAGAACCCGCUUUUGAGACAACAACAACAAAACCUACUCGCCCAGGCGCAGGCUCAAGCCCAGCAGCUUCAGCUCGCUGCCCGACAACCGCCGGUGCCGCAAAUUGACCCCGUCACCAGCCAUUCAAUUACGGGUGCCCCACAGAUGGCCAAGCCUCAAGUCCCAGCCACCGCGCCAAAGCCGGGAAGCUUGGAAGCUCUCCUGCUUCAUCAGGCUCUGCAAGCGGCACAUAAUCCCGCCAACAACCGCGCCCUCGGCAACCUGGACGCUUUCCGGAUGCAAAUGCUGCAGCAGGGAGGGGCAGGUGCUGGUGGCCCGAUCCCAGCCCCUGCUCCGGCUCCCGCUGGUCUUCCCGCUAGCUUUCGCCUGAAUGCUGAGCUCCAGCAGCAGCAGCAGCAAUUCUCACAGGCGCAGAACCAGGCCCUUGUCGCUGCUCAUCAGGCUGCUGCCCACGUCGCUCAAGAAAAUAUGAGGAAAUUGUCGGCGGCAGCGAUUCUUGGAGGCAUUCCGAUCAGUGCCGCUUCGGCCGCCGCCCUCAGCCAACGCAGCACCCCGUUGCAGCAGCUGAGCCGCCCCGCGACCGCCCACAGCGGUAGCGUCGCCGUCGAGGACGUCAACGCCUCGCCCAACCUCAUCCAGGUCUCCGAGCGCCACUUCACCGAGGCGUUCAAAAACCAGAAUGAUGGGAAUAGCCUCGCCAUCGGGAUCCGACGUCCGCAGUCUGAUGCUCGGAUCGAUGCGACAGCGCCAUCAUCAUCGAACUCGAAUGGGUCGCCGAAUAAUCCGGAAAAUGGGGAGGCAAAGCCUCAACAAAAUGAGGAGGAUGGACAGCCGGCUCUAGCCCCCAUUCUGAUGAUGUCCUACCUAAAUACCUGCAUCGGAAAAGUGAAGAACCAACUUCAUUCCAACGGCAUGGGCUUGACGUUUGACCCGAGUGGACGGCCGAUCGACUACGCCUCACGCCCCAUUGACCCAAUUUUCCAGUCGGCCCGCAAACAGCUUGAGAACCAGCUGGAGUACAAAGACGCCACGACGAGCUCUCCUGAUGGAGCUCAUGCAUCCGCAACGUCCGCAAAUGGUAGCCCCACGGACAGGAACCCUGCUGUUUCGAUGGCUCCGUUGGGAAUUAACCGAGGGCCCAGUGAUGCGACCGUCGAGCCGAAAAUGGAGACCCGCUCGACGCCUGAGAAAAGGGAUCUGGUCGUUGAUGAUCGAAUCGAGGUGAAGGACGACCUCGACUCAAACCACUCGGGUCAUUCCAGCCCCCCGGAGAAGCGACUCCGGAUAGCCACCGAUGAGGAU